GACGCGGUUAUGAGGCAAGGACGCUAAAGAUGGCGUGAGUUUUAAACCGUCUCCAGAUAAUAGUUACGGUAAGUGGUUCUGACAGUUUACAGACGAUUUAUGAAUGGAAAUCGGUGCAGAUCGACGCUCAGUGUUGACGUUCUGCUGGCAGGGUAACCGCGGCCUCAGCUGAUCCUGGUACUGCCUCCUGGCUCACAGAUGGUUGGAAACUGGAAUCCACAUUGAAUCACCUACAUAACACAUCUGCAGUAGGAAUGCGCCCAGGAGCGACGGAUCGGAGCAGACAGCCCAGCCGUCGCAAGAGAGCAGAGCGGCGGGAGGCUGAGAGGAGGACGGACCUCAGAGUCGGUGACCAGGGCUCCAAAGAGGAGAACACAGGGGUCGUCAACCCCAUAAGUCGCCAAGAGAAGCAGCUGGGAGGAAGAGAAGAGCGGGAGGAGAAGGAGGAACGAGUGAUGGAAAGGAGGGCGUCCUCAGAGGGACGGGAAAGCAGCGACAAGUCGAGAGAGCUGAGAUGGAGGCUCAACCAGCUGGAGAAAGAGAAACUGAGGCUGACAUCCUGCUACAACCAGGAGGUGUGCACGCUGCAGGCAGAGGUGACCCGUCUUCGCUCCUCUGUGGAGCGGGGUGAGGCUCAGCGGGCGGAGCUACAGUACCAGCUGGCUGCAAGCCGCAGAGACAGCGAACGGAUGGCAGAGCUCACCAGGGACAGACACACUUUAACAGAGCAAGCAGCAGAACUCCAGCAGACUGUCGCCGACUUGCAGAAAGCUCUGAACGUCACACAGCAGGCAAGAAAAGAGGACCAGCAAGCUUUGCAGCAAGAUCUGGCGGAGCGGGACCAACUGAUCCAGAACUUUAGCUCAGAAAACCAGCGACUGCACCAAGUGCUGCAGGAUCAGGAGGUGGCUCUGGAAGAGACUGAGAGGAAGAUGUCCGAGGUGCGGCGGGAGUGUCAGAGGGAAGCAGAGGCAAGCAGACAUCAGGCUGAAGAGCUAAAGAUCCUGGCAGAGAGGAUGGAGAGGACCAGCAGGGACAAGGAGCUUUCAGAUCAGAGGGUAAAGUCUCUGGAGUUGAGCAUGGAGGCGGAGCGCGUCGCUCACCUGGACGCCAAGUAUCAGCUGGAAGUCCUUCAGCUGCGGGUUCGUGACCUGGAAGCAGCGGUGGCAGUGGAGCGGUCCAGCCAGCAGGAGGCGCAGCACAGCCUGGAGCUCCUGCGAGCUCACCUCCGAGAGGUGGAGCGGGUUUACAGCCUGGAGAAGGAGAGGAGGGAGUGCACAGAGCACGCUCUGGAGCGGCUGCAGACAGAGUUGGCCCACUCUAAGUCUAAAAUGACCGUCUCCUUGGAAACCGAGAGGAAGGCAACCUCUGAGCUCUCAAAAGAACUGGAGGAGGAGAAGAGUCGGCAUGCCAGCACCCAGUCACUGCUGCAGCAGGCAGCUGCAGGUCGGUCCGAAACAGAGGAGGUCUUGAUGGACACUCUAAAACGAAUCACUGGCAUGCUGCAGCAGUCAGCCCAGCCUGCAAAGGAUGAUGGGAAACCGAGUCCUGCUGAGGUUCUCCAGCUGCUGGCCUCCACUCUGAGCACUGUUCACCGCAGACUGGAGGAAACUACCAAACAGGUUCAGGAUCUGCUGGGUUCAUCCCAGAAGCUUCAGGAGGAGAAUUGUCGUCUCCAGCAGCUGAUCUCAGAUCAGAAGAAACAAAAUGAGGAGGCCCAGCAGGCCCUGGUCCAGCUGCAGGAGGAGGCAUCCGGCUUACGCCUGCAGGGCUCUGAUUGGUCGGUGCAGAACAAGGAGCUGCAGGAGGAGCUGCAGCGAGUGAAGGAGGAGAGGAUGAAGGCGAAGGAGGAGAUUCAAGAGAUAAGAGAAGAGUUCAAGAAGGAAUCAGAGGCCCGCCUGUCCUUCCUCCACUGCCUGUAUCAGCGCCUGCUGGCCGGGUGCGUCCUCAUCCAUCACCCCCAGAGCAUUCUGGGAGAAUUCACCUGGCAGGAUCUGUGUGAUGUCAUCACCCAGCAGGUGGAUCAGCUGACCUCUGACCUGCUGAAGGCAAACAGCGAGAUCGCUCACCUGCAGGGUGUGUGUGACAAGAAUAGCGUGUGUGUGCGCGAGCUGCAGCGCAGUCAGGAGAGUGUGUUGGCUCGCCUGGAGGAGAGCGUGAGGAGGAGGGAGGAGGCCUGGAGCCGCCAGCACACAGACGCCGUCAACCAGCUGCAGAGCCAGCUGCAGCUCUGUCGCUCUCAGUGCAACUCCCACCGGGACCGCGCCUCGUCUCUGGAGCACCGCUGCUCCUCCCUGACCUCCGACCUCUCCCGGCUGCAGGGCCUCCUUUCCAAAAGCCGCCGGGAGUCUUCUUCCUUUUUCCUGGGCUGUGCUCUGCUGGCCGGAGCGUUGCAGCACGCCCGCAGCUGUGUACGCGCCCUCUCCGAGCAGAAGGUCGUCCUCCGCAGGCAACUGGCAGAGAGGGAGCUGUUGGAGCAGGAGGUCCGCAGGCUGGCCGACGCUCUGGGAGGAGAGCAGGAGGAGGAGGAAGAGGAGAGACGUAGGAGGGCAAUUAGGAGGUGGAGGAGGAAUGCAUGGGCAGUGCUGGCGCUGAAGAGGUGGAUGGCUAUGACUAAGAGGACGAUGGUGUUGUUUCGGCUGGAAAGAAGUGGAGGCGGAGUGGCUGUCUGCAGGUGUGGAGACGCCCAUACGGCAAGCAUUAAGGAUGAGUUGGAUGAAGGAGCUGAAGCUGUUUGUGCUCGCUGGCUUCGCUCUAAAAAUCUUUCCUCCAUCAUUUUGUCCUCCAUGGUUGACCUGCAGAGGGCGCUAGCUGACACAGGUUGUUCUCCUCCUAAGGUGAUCUCGGCUGCUCGCUCAGGCUUCUCCUGCCUCCUGAACCGCCUCUUGGACCAGUCGGCUCCCAGCGUUUCCUCCGGUUCGCCUGAGGAAAUCAAGGAAUGGUCCUCUCUGAAACUCAGACAGGCACCAGAUCUGAAGACGCUGGUGUCCGCCCUCCAGCAGCACUUCCUGCUUUUCAGCCAACGCCUGCACUCAACUGAGGUGGAGAGGCGGAGUCUGCGGCUGGAGGUGGCCAAUCUAAAGAGAGGGCUGCAGCAGGAGAGGGCGGAGCUUAAUCGCACAGUUCCACCGGAGCGUUUCCAGACUGCCUGCGAAGAACUCCGUCAGGCUCUGAACAGAGAGCAGGAAGCGCAGACGCUGAUCCAGGAGCAGUCCAAGCAGCUGCAGGCGCUGUCGGAGGCUCGCCAGCAGCUGAGACGGAAGGAGCGCUCCCUGAGGAUUCUGGGAAAGCACCUGUCUGGGGUUCAGAAGGAGCGGAAGCAGCUGGAGGAGAAAAUGCAGAGAGCGGAGGAGCAGCUGAAGGAUGCUGCCAGAUGUCAGGAAUGGGUGAUCCGGUGCAUGAAGGCUGCAGAGAUGAGCUGCAAGCAGGUUAGAAAGAGUCUGGUCCAGUCUCAGCGCUCUGCUACCACUCACCGCCGCCCCCUGCUAUUCAACCUGGAACCUCUGGAUCUGAGCGGAGCAAAAUGCCUCGAUAGGUAUCCUGAGGUUGCAGCCUGUCAGAGCUUUCUAUCCGUCGUAUCCCAACUCCAUCACGCCUGUAGCUCCAGAAUCGACUGGCUCGAGCAGGAGGUGUCCGCCCAUCGCAGUCAUGUGACUGCUUUACGCAGCGAGCUGCAGGACGCCUGCCUUCAAGAGAGUCUGACCUAUUUUCCAGUGGAAGAGCUUCCUGAACAACCUGAUGAUGAUGAUGAUGAUGAUUGGGAAAUACGCGACCUUCCUCCCAUCUCUGGUCUCUCUGCGGAGCCGCUGUGAAGAAACGCCAAAGAACGUUUGACCCAUCUGUUAUCACAUGUAGCACUUUGAAAUAGAACGACUUUCUUGUUCUUAAUUUGGUUUCAGUAAUGAAAUAAGAACAAAGAACUCUUGAAGUCUGAACUGGAUAUGAAGUUGACCAUCAGGAAGUGUUUCAUUCCAACUGGAUGCAUCGUCUUUAGGGGACUUUGAGUAUCGAUUUUCCCAGCUGGCGGCAUGAAGACUCCUGAUGGCCAGAUGGUCAUUGUAGACAAACGGGUCGAUUCAAAGUUUCAGAAUCAGAACUUUGUGUAAAACAAACGGGACAUUAAUUUAUUUAGAUAAUGUCAGGUGACUAAAUAUUCAUGCAUCCCUUCUAUUUUAACCAGAUUUCCUGUCAGUCUCUUUUAUAUAAAGGCCACGGUUGCAAAAAAAAAAA